AUGGAUGAAAGCAAACCAGCAACGGCAGCCGGCAUGAAGAGGUCUGCCCCUUCCAUCCACGAAGGACCGCGCGGUUGGGACGUUACUCCACCCAUGAUGACUCCCUCGCCCUCAUCAUUCCAUCUUCCUUUUGCUCACUAUGCCCUAAUAUACCUCGACAAUGAGGGAAAGCUGCAGGUCGACGAAUCCGCAUCCAUAAAGGAGGUGAAUUUCACUGUCUUCAGCCCAGAAGUGCUCCAGGAUUUCCUGGAAAUUUUCGGCAAGCGAGAUGGGUUCCACCAGCCCGUCCGCCGCAAUAAGAUGGCUUCACUUCGUCGGGUGAAAUGUGGUAGAGGUCGUACCAACGCCUCUACCCGCAAAGAACGUCGGCUUGAGAAGUUAUACGACAGUGAAAACGCUUCUUCUCCGAGGCCAUUAGGGAUGGUCCCGCUUCGUAUCGGCGACGAGCGAAGCAUUCUCGGAUACUAUGAGGGCGCACUAAAGCACUUCCAGCAAUUCAACUGCCGUGUAGUUGCUAAGGCUUUCAUCAGAUUCAUUGAGCCGCGCAAGCAGACUAAGCCGGAAUGGUGGCCCCUGGGUGUAAUGCACAAGGAGCCUGACCAUCUGAGAAAAGAGUAUCGCAUUGAGCUUCUGAUCCACAUUGUGCGCAAACUAGGUAGCUACGGAAUCACAGCCGACAAGCUAAAGGAGGUCGCUAGCGAGACCAAGCGCAGCUUGAAGCACCCAUCGCAUGUGGAGAUUAUCUAUGAGAUCCUGCGAGUGAGAAAAUUGGAGGAGCGUUUAGAGCGCGGUGAAAUCGAUGACAACAUGGUGGUCUAUGUUAUGAAUCGAGGCCCAAGCCCAAAUGGCGAAGACAGAAUGUUGAUUGAGGGAACAUUUUCCGCACUCAAAGAGCCGGAGCACGUUGGAGGACUGUUGACGCCGGCGUCAUCGGUCGAGCAGGCGUCUGCAGCACUUACAAAACAAACUGAUACAAUGUCUUCGCUGGCAUCUAGUCACCAUCUCCUAGGCGGCGACUGCAACCCACCCUUCUCUGUCCUGGAGCCGCUCAACUUCGGGGGCCCCGGCCGGCACGAUAGCGUAUACUACACGACGCCUCACCACUACACCGAUACAUUCUUCUCGCGGGCUAUGCUCAACACUCCUUCAAGUGCAGACAUGAUAAGUUCCCUCGAUGCAUCGGUUUUCAACUACCUUACCCAAAGCCCCUUCCUGACUUCUACUCCUGAUCUUCCGCCUAUCGGGACCCGGGACCAAUAUGGCUCGUGGACGCCGACCUUCAGCCAGAAUAUCCCCAGACCUGCGGAAUGUGGUACGCCUGGCACCAGCCAAGCGCUUCCUCCGCCAGCCAUGUCGUGCCACGGGCCCUGGCCUCUCCAGCAUGGACAUGGUCAUGCGGGCAAACAUGGCUAG